UCGCAACAUCGGCCAUUCUUCUUCUCUCUCGCCCCCUCCUGUUUUACCUCCGCAUUCCACUUCCCCUUCGGCUCCGCCUUCGUCACCACUCACCACCAGUCGACUCCCCUCCUUCUCCGCCAACUGCUUCUUGACACUUCAUAUCGAAGACUGUAAGUAAGGAGAUGUCCUUGAUGGUGGAAAACUUUGUGCAGUCAGAACAGCUAGCCACUUGCAGAGCUGAAGAAGAAGAAGAGAAAAUAGUAUUAGAAGAAGAAGAAGAAGAAGAAGAAGAAGAAGAAGAAGAAGAAGAGGAUGAAUUCUCGGACUCUGAAAUUGGGGAUGCUUUGGAUUGGUUGGACGCCAAGGGCGAUGGUGAAGCGGGUGAUGGAAGUUUUGCGCUGAAUUCGAGGCGACCCAAUGCUCAUGGAGGCCUUCAUUCUCGGCCUAGUUCCUCGACGCUUCAACCUCUCUCCAAUCGGAAUCAGAAGUUCACCCAUCAUAUCCGAGCUGCUCCUUUAGAGGAGUGGGAAGGGAGGAUGAACGUUGGGAUGUCUAAUUCUGUGACAACUGCGAUUCGUGGAAGCGUGCGAGACAUGGCAAUUGGCAAAACUAAAACUACUGAAAAAGCAGAUCGCGCUACUGUUGAGCAGGCCCUUGAUCCCAGAACAAGGAUGGUUUUGUUCAAAAUGCUUAAUCGGGGGGUCUUUAAUGAUAUGAAUGGCUGCAUCUCAACUGGAAAAGAGGCCAAUGUCUACCAUGCAACAAAAUCUGAUGGUCAGGAGCUGGCAAUAAAAGUGUACAAAACAUCAGUACUGGUCUUCAAGGAUCGAGAUCGGUAUGUACAAGGUGACUACCGAUUCAGAUUUGGAUACUGCAAGCACAAUCCAAGGAAAAUGGUAAAGACGUGGGCUGAAAAGGAAAUGAGGAACCUUCUGAGGCUAAAGGCGGCUGGAAUCAGAUGCCCAACUCCUUAUCUUUUGAGGCUUCACGUCCUGGUCAUGGAAUUUAUAGGAAAAGCUGGUUGGGCUGCACCCCGUCUUAAGGAUGCUGGCCUAUCGUCUGAUAAGUUACGCGAGGGUUAUAUGGAGAUGGUUAUUGCGAUGCGGACAUUGUAUCAGAAAUGCAAACUGGUGCACGGUGACCUUAGUGAAUACAACAUUCUUUAUUAUGAGGGUCAUCUUCAUAUAAUUGAUGUCUCUCAAGCUGUGGAUCUUGACCAUCCUCGGGCCCUUGAUUUCUUGCGUGAAGAUUGUGUUCAUGUUUCUGAUUUCUUUAAGAAACAUGGGGUGGCUGUGAUGAAUAUUAGGGAGCUGUUUGACUUUAUAGUCGAUCCAACCAUUACUGAUGACUCCAUUGAAAGCUACCUGGAACAGGUUCAACAAAACAUCAUGUCCAGAGAUGCCACUGCAGAGGAUGAAAUUGCAGAUUCCGUAUUUGUUCAGGCAUACAUUCCAAAAACAUUGGAUGACGUGAAAAAUGCAGAGGAGGAUGUGAUACGAUUGACGAGUGGGCAGAACACGGAAGACAUGUACUAUAAGACCAUCACGGGACUGAAGGAUGCUCUUGCCAGCAGAAAAGUUGUUGAUGAGUCUUGCUGUGACGGGAGAGAUGAGCAGGAAGAGAAAGGGAAGCCUGUCGAAGAAGAGUCGUCGAUUUUGGUGGCCAAGCAGGAUGAUGUGGGCUCGCAGUCCGACUCUGGCUCGGACUCGGGAGAAGACUGCAGUGGUGAGUCGGAUGAUGGGAGCAGCGGGUCCGAGAAGGAGAGUCGCAGUGAUAAAAGGGCUGCUAGGAAAGAGAACAAGAAGAAAGUGAAGGAAGAGAAGAGAGAAGCUCGGAAGAAUAAAGUCCCCAAGGCUAUCAAGAAAAGAAAGAAGAAGUUGUCCAAGGCUAAGAAGACUAGGUAGGGUAGUAGUAGACACGUCCUUUGUUGGCUCUGAGCAGGUUUUGUUUUUUAGUUGAAUCUUUCAAUUUUUUUUAAUUAUUAUUUAAAUUUUACAAAAUAUAAAAUAGGGUUAAUAAUGACAUGUAUGCUUACAUGAAAAAUAUUAAUAUUAACAAAAAAGGGAAAAU